AUGAAAAAGAAUUUGCUGUCUUUUAGAGACAAACGGAUGAAGAAGAGCGGGCUCGAAUCGAGCGCGGCGGGUGUGGAUUCCCCUGAGCCAGGCAUGUCUUCUAUGAUGAUGAUGGACACACCGAAGAAAAGUAAUAGUAACAUUGAGCUCUACCACAUGGAGCAUGCUCCCGGAGCUGGUAGUCCAGACGAUGACGAGAAUGACCAAAAUGUUUCUCGGCUAGUGAAUGCUACUUUGGAUGCCAAAGAAGCUAAUGAAAGCGAGAGAACGAUGCCCCUCAUCAAGGCUUUGAAGACAUACCCAAAGGCUGCAGGAUGGUCGUUGCUAGUCUCCACGACGCUAAUUAUGGAAGGUUACGAUACCGCUAUUCUUGGUGCUUUCUUCGCUUUGCCUAUCUUCAAAGAAAAAUUCGGUUCCCAAGGCAAAUCCGGAGAAUGGGAGAUUUCAAUUUCGUGGCAGGUUGGCUUAACUUUAUGUUAUAUCGCCGGUGAAAUUGUGGGCUUACAGCUAACCGGGCCCCUUACCAGCUAUAUCGGCAAUCGGUACACGAUGAUUCUUGCUUUGUUUCUCCUUGGAAUGUUCACUUUCAUUUUAUAUUUCUGCAAGAGCUUGGGAAUGAUUGCUGUGGGCCAAGCUCUUUGUGGUAUGCCAUGGGGUUGCUUUCAAGGUUUAACAGUGACAUAUGCUUCUGAGAUAUGUCCUCUUGCUCUCAGAUACUACUUGACCACUUACUCUAACCUCUGCUGGUUGUUUGGUCAGCUUUUUGCCGCUGGAAUCAUGAAAAACUCCCAAAAUAGGUAUGCACAGUCAGAACUUGGUUAUAAAUUACCAUUUGCAUUGCAAUGGCUAUGGCCGGUUCCUCUUAUGGUGGGAAUUUUUUUGGCUCCCGAAUCACCAUGGUGGUUGGUAAAGAAAGGACGGAUGGAUGCAGCUAAAAGAUCACUUGAGAGGACGUUGAGUGGUACAGGGAUAGAAAAGGACGUCAUGAUAACAAAGGAGUUGGAAAAGAUCAGACUCACCAUAGAGAAGGAGAAGCACCUGAAAGGUUCGGAGGGAAGCUACAUGGAUUGUAUAAGAGACAAGACCAAUCGGAGAAGGACUAGAAUAGCGUGCUUGGCCUGGGUUGGACAAACCACUUGCGGUGCUGGACUUAUGGGAUACUCAACAUAUUUUUACGAGAAAGCUGGUGUCACUACAGAUAUGUCUUUCACGUUCAGUAUAAUCCAGUACUGUUUAGGCAUUGGUGCAACAUUUAUAUCCUGGUGGCUCUCAAAACGCGUCGGGAGAUUUGAGCUUUAUGCCAUAGGACUCGUGUUCCAGGGUGUAGUUUACUUUAUUAUUGGGGGUUUGGGGUGUAUGGACACCAAGACCUCGAAAAUGGCGAGUGGAGCGCUCUUGAUGGUUGUUGCCUUCUUCUAUAACUUGGGAAUUGCACCCGUGGUAUUUUGUCUUGUGUCCGAAAUACCAUCGUCUCGCCUGAGGACUAAAACAAUCAUUCUAGCUCGUAACUCAUACAAUGUUGUGGCGAUCGUAACCCUGGUUUUGAUAUUAUACCAGUUGAACUCCCAAAAAUGGAAUUGGGGCGCCAAGGCAGGUUUUUUUUGGGGUGCUUUUUGUUUUGGUACCCUAGCUUGGGCAGUUGUAGAUUUACCUGAGACUAAGGGGAAAACUUUUGGAGAGAUAAAUGAGCUAUUCAGACUUGGUGUUUCAGCCCGCAAGUUUAAAUCGACGACAGUGGAUCCAUUUGCGAUUAAAGCAGCUGAGGAACUUUUUGAUGAUGAGAGAGGAACAUCAGCUCAGCCAUCCUCUAAAGCUGAAAGUAGCAAAGAUGUGAGCUAA